AUUGGAAGCCAUUCUGCUUGUGUCUCAUUCAGAUUGUUAUAUUCGAUGUGAAGGCAUCAAAUAUUUAACAUUUACACUAAAUUUUCUUUUGAAUGGUUCUCUACACCAGUGAUUCAGUUAGUUUUGAGAUUGAAAAAUAAAAAUGUUGUGGAAAAAGGAUUGUAAACAGGUACAAGAUCGUGGAAACGCGAUGUACACUGAUCUAUUGAAUUCACAGGGGCUGGAAAGAAUUUACGAACGCCACAAAGUCUCAUGCAUACAAAUGAAAUGUGGAUAUGGGCCAUACGAAAAAAAUUCAAAAGAAGCAUUGAGGUUUCGACAAAAAGGAAAUGCCGUAUUUGGUGAGAAAAAAUGGAUGCACGCAAUAGAAUGUUACAACAAAUCAAUUUGUUUUGCUAAAGAUGGCUCCGAGCUGAUGGGAUUAGCAUAUGCAAAUCGAUCAUCGUGUUUUUUCAAUUUGAAAAUGUAUCGAAAUUGUUUGAUUGAUCUCGGGCAUGCCAAAGAAAACCACUAUCCAGCCGAAAAAAUGGCCAAAUUGGACGAACGAAAAGCCGUCUGCUUGCGUAUGAUGGAGGAGGAGAUCGAUAGAAGUGAAGCGUAUCAUGCAAAGCUGUGCUAUGAACCCAACGAAAACUUUCCGUGCUUUGCCAAUGUUCUGAAAGUUGCAAACAACACUAAACAUGGACGACAUGUUAUUGCGAUGACAAACAUUGAGGUCGGCAAAACGGUGAUGGUCGAUAAACCAUAUUUUGCUGAGACAAUCAACCAGAAGUUCCAGCGAUGCAAUAUUUGUUUGAAGACUGAAACAAAUCUGAAACCAUGCAAAACAUGCGUGUACACAAUGUUCUGUUCACAAUGUGAAGAAAAUGAUUUGCACAAAAUCGAAUGCGCCGUCAACCAAAUUCACUAUUCAACACUUGGAUUCAUCAGUUUUCGAAUGGUCGUUAUUCGUUCGAUUUUGAUCGCACUAAAUACAUUUUCUGGUAUCGAUGAAUUGAUUGCUGGUGUUGAAGAAAUGUUGUUAAGUGACGUAACCGAAGUGCCCGAGUCGUUGUCCGAACCGCAAACAAAGUAUCGAGCAUUUUUCAAACUGUGCCCAAACCCAAAACAACAAACUGAUGGCGCACUUCAACGAAAAGUUUAUCUUAUUUACAAGUUACUGAUGGAAAGUGCUGAGUUUGCAAAGAAGUUUAAUUCGGACGAACACAAACGUUUUCUGAUGCAUUUGAUUGGACACCACAUAAUUAUCAUUAAAGAUUUUAUUCGGAAUGAUCGAUACAAAACCGGCACACAAGGCGUAUUCGGCGAAGACAUUGAAGUGUACUAUGAACACUGCAUGAGUAUUCCUGCGUCGUAUUUUAAUCAUUCGUGUGCUCCGAACGCUUACAUUACAUCCCAAAAUGGGUCCACAGUCUGUGUAUCGGUUCGACCAAUUCGAAAAGGUGAGGAACUCUGUGUAGCAUAUGACGAACAUGUUUUGUUGGAGGAGAAGGCAGAGCGUCAGCAAAUGAUACAAGAGAAAUUCAAGUUCCAGUGCAAAUGCAAACGAUGUGAAUCACCACUAUUGGAAUUAUUAAGUCGCAAACCGAGUUUGCGAAUCCUUUCUGAUUGCAACUACCAAUCGUUCAUUGCCGACUUGAAUGCUAUGGACGACGUAAAAUCGAUAAGUCGCGACCAGCAAGAAUCAUUGAAGUUGAACAUUUUCAGCCUUUUGAAAAAGUAUAAGAACCACAAUUGGCUCUACGAAAUAUCUCGCAUCAUUUACAGUUUGUACACAGUGGCAUUGAUUGAAUCCGAAAGUCUUGAACGUGGCAUGCCCUAUGUUGGACGCGUAUUGAAUUUUGAUUUGGAAUGAAAUAGAAACAUUUCUGUAAACUAUACACAACAUUUUU